AUGGGUCUUGUUUCUCGUGAUCGAUUUUAUGGCUCGGACUAUGUAAUAUGUUUACAUGGUGUGUAUUGGCAUGAGGCUCUAGCUCGUCAUACUUCUUCGUAUAAGGUGCCGAGUGUGGAACUGUUAUGGGCACCCGCGUCGACCGUAAUCGCUAUAAUUCUUGCAAGCUCAUCAGAAGAUCAUAUUUCUUCUUGUCGAUAA